AUCAUAAUUCGAAAUUCAGACUUGCAACAUGGCAUUUACUUUGUUUUUGUGAGUUAUUUUCUAAUUUAAAUUAAUAAGAAUUCGUGUAUCUUCCUAAUAAGGAAUUUAUUUUAAAUGUAGAUUUGAAUGCUAUCAAGACACUGAAAGUUUUUUAAAAACAUUGUCUUGCAAUGUCCGAUGUAUUGAAAAUUGGUCGAAGAGUUGAAAUAGCUGGAAAGGAUGUUCGAGGAGUUAUCGCCUUCAUGGGCAAAACAAAUUUUGCAGUAGGAAAUUGGAUUGGAGUGAUACUGGAUGAACCGAAAGGAAAAAAUAACGGUUGUGUUAAAGGAGAGGAAUAUUUCAAAUGUGAAGAAAAUCAUGGAACGUUUGUGAGGGAGAAUCAUGUAAUACCUCUGGAUGAAAAUGGCAAACCUUUGGAAAUUCCCGGUGAUAGUCAAAAUGUUCCAUCAAAAAUUGCCAGGAGCCGACAAAGCAAUUCGAGAAUGUCUCUCGCUAGCAGCCGACAGUCUUUGGCUGGCAGCAGGCAAUCACUUACUGGAAGUAGACAAUCACUCAGUGGAAGCGGAAGUCAUCUAGUUUCUCCGUCAACCGAAAAACCUGUCGAAGGGGGUGAUCAGUCCAGCCAGAUCCCAAAGAGGGCUUCAUUUGUGGAGACUGGAUUUGUGGAAACUUUGAAACCUCAGUUUACGCCUGGGCAAGCCAUGACCACGACACCGACACCGAUCACAUCUGUUGAAGAGAAAAUAAGUAACCUCCAGCUGCAGCAAGAAUUGGAUAACAGAGGCCAGCAGAUUCGCGACCUCGCUGAGAAAUUGGAAACUUUGAAGCUGAAAAGACAAGAAGACAAAGAGAGGCUCAAGGAUUAUGACAAAUUGCGAAUUCAGUUGGAGCAGCUCGUCGAAUUCAAAUCGAAGAUAAUGAGCACGCAGGCGAGCCUGCAGAGAGACCUGCAGAAGGCCAAGUUGGAGGCGAAGGAGGCGGUGGAGGCGCGCGAGACGCACGCUGAAGAGGUGGCCGACUUGGCCGAGGCCGUCGAGAUGGCGACGCUCGACAGGGAGAUGGCGGAGGAGAAGGCCGAAACGUUGCAGUUGGAGCUCGACGUGUGCAAGGAGCGGCUCGAGGAGGUCACGCUGGAUUUGGAUAUUCUGAAGGCCGAAAUGCAGGAAAGAGCUGGAGCAUCAGUUCCUUCAUCAGGAGAAGGACAAGUAUCUGCCUACGAAAUGAAGCAAUUGCAACAACAGAAUGCUCGCUUGAGAGAGACAUUGGUGCGACUGAGAGACUUGUCAGCUCACGAGAAGCACGAAUAUCAGAAGCUCAUGAAAGAUAUCGAUCAGAAGAAAUCCGAAAUCACCGAGCUGGGUAAAACGAAAGAGAAGCUCAGUGCACGAGUAGAAGAAAUGGAACAACAAAUUUCGGAUCUACAAGAACAAGUGGAUGCAGCAUUAGGCGCAGAAGAAAUGGUAGUGAUACUGAGCGAUCAAAAAUUGACUCUGGAAGAAAAAGUCGUGCAACUUCAAGAAGAAGUAGCCGAGCUAGAAGCUCUACAAGACAUGAACGAUCAAUUGGUGGAAAGUAAUGCUGAAUUGGAAGCAGAUUUACGAGAAGAAUUGGAUAUGGCCCUUGCGGCCACCAGAGAGGCUUUGCGUGAUAAAGAUGCAGCUAUCGAAACGAUUGCUGACCGUGAACAAACGAUAAGCAAAUUCAGACAACUAGUCCACCAGCUGCAAGAGCAAUCUCUAGAUUUGCAGCAUCGUCUCGAAACAGAAACUAGUAAACCGGUGUCUGCCCUUCCUGAAAUAAUAGAUUUCAAGAAAAUGUUCACCGAGACCAAAGCGCAUACCAAAGCAAUAGACCUGGAGCUGCGAAGAAUCGAUAUACAACAGCUACAGCAGCAUAUCAAAUAUUUGAGCUCUUAUAUGCCAGAUUCAUUCAUGAACAGAGGAGGUGAUCAUGAUGCUGUGCUAAUGACUCUGCUGAUUCCAAGACUAAUACAAAAAACUGAAAUCUUACUUGGCCAAAUCAAAGAAAAAUUCCCCAUUGUUGAGAAGAUUGAUAGAAAUGCUCUGACCAAAAGUCAUGCCAUAGAACAGUAUUCCUUCAGAUGUAGAAUUUCCUUCUAUAUUUUCGCCUUCCAAACAAUUCUGCAUCAGUAUCAUUACGCCCUCAAUAAUUGUCAACCUGAUACACUCUUGAAAGUUGGAGCCACCUAUCCAGAAAUGGCGAGUCAGGAAAAAAUAGUGGACGGCUUUGUAGAAUUGAUAAAGCGAGACCAACUAGAUGAAAACGUGCCGACGGAAGCUCUGGAAAAAUGUGUCGGUUACUUCAACACCCUUUUCCCAGUUUUACUUGGCAAUGAUGUCAAUAUCAAUCACACUCAGCUGUUGGGUGAUUAUAUCAGGUGCUUGAACGGGAUUGUGGAUGGAUUCAUUGUUGAUGCAUCUGUUAUACGAUGUUUGAUGAAGAGUACCAGUGUUGAUGACAUUGAACUGCUCGUUCAACACAUCCUAACAACAUCGGAUCAGUUGAACCAACAGUUGAAGCUAAUGAAAAGGCGCCUACCACCAGAUACCCGAAUAUCCAACUUGGGCCUGAGCAAAGACGUGUUUGAGAAUUUGUACCAGUGCUAUCAGAAUUCGGGGAAGAUAAUUAGAACUUUACAUGAUAUCGUAAAAACGACGAUUCAAACACUUACGGCGGAAGGAGAGAUGGAGAAUGGCAUAACCCAGGAGAAGAUUAAGGACAUAGCUGUUAAUGCAAGUGACAAAGUAUAUGAGCAAGACGAUCUUGGCCCCAUACAAAGUAUAAAGAACUCAUUGAAUUACAUCACUACUCAGAUAUCUCAAAUUGCUCAGUUCUUACAAGAUAAUGAAUAUGAGAUCAAUACCAUCAGUAGAAAUGAAGAAAAGGUUGUUCCUCCAGUCAGUGUAAGAGCAGAAUUGGUGAAGAAGGAACUAGAACAAACAAAAACGCUCACAAGCAAAUUAGAAAACAAAGAAUCAGACUUAAAGGAGUUGAAGAGAUUGAUGAAAGAGAAGCAGGAACAGCUCUCAGAAAUGACAAUCAGAAAAGAACUUGCUGAAAAAAAAUUGGGCAAUGUGAACAAGGAUUACGAGUUAACAAUAGAAAAAUUACAGAGGAAACUGGAAGAGGCCCAUAACAACUACAAGAAGAAGGAAAAAGAGUUUGAAGAAACACUGGACCAUCUUCAAACCGAUAUUGAUUCUCUAGAGAAUGAAAAGGGAGAGAUGAAAGAGAAGCUCAAAUUAUUGUCCAAGAAAGCACAAUUGGAAGUUAGCUUAUCCAAGUCUAUAUCAGGUUCAACAUUGCCUUCAUUGCAAUCCAUGGGACCUAGUUUACCGGCGGUCGUGAAAGAUUCGCCUCUUUUGAUGCAGGAAAUAAACAACCUGCGGAAAUUGUUUCAUCAAGAACGCAACGAGAGGCUGAAUCUACAGAACACUAAGCUCAAAGAGCAACUCGAUUCGAUGGCGCCUCUUCCUACAUUCAAAAAUACUCGGGAUGAAGUUCUCGAGAAUUUAUUCAAAGAGGGAGCUGCACUGAAACAGGAUAUACUAAUGGCACUGGCCAAGCCGACAUUCCCUGCAAUUUACAAGACGAAACCUGGUAACGGACCUGCGGCAUGGCAACGCCAUUUCGUCAAUGAACACAAUAGAAUACUGGAACUGAAUAGGAGAGCUGAACAUUUCCAAUCUAAAGUCGCUACUGAGGUUGUCAAGAGGAAACACGGUGGCAGGAUCGAAUCUGAUUUAACAUUUUUCCCAACGAAAGAGAUGACCAAGGCAAUCAAUGAAGAGAAAGCAGUCAAUAUUGGAUUUCUGAAAAUUCCACAUGCAUACUUACCUCCAAACGAAAAACCUAAAAUAUUGAAUUUAGAACUAGAUUUUGAGAAUUUGCAGAAGAUACUAAAAACUCUCAUAGCUAAAUAAAUACAAAUACUGCAGCUUUUCUAUAUAAAACAUCAUUUAACAAGUUUUAACUCUAUUUGUCUCCGAACCAUAAUUAUGCAAUUGUUUCAUUGUCUUUGAUUUAAUUUGAUAUUGGAAAAAAUGAAAGCUAUAUAUUUUAUUUAUUGUUACUAUUUCUAAUCUAAUUAUUAUUUAUAUUUUCUAAUUAAUAAAUGUGAUGAUUAAAAUUCG